AUGUCGACCACCAACCCCACGAGGGAAACCACCGAGUGGGAUGACCUGCAAAGGAAGUAUGGAAAUUUGCCCCCACUGGAGAAGGAAGUAAAGGAGGAAGAAAUAUAUCUCAGUACAUUGGAUAAGCUCGAGAGAAUUAACCCCCUAGAGAAAAAGAACCUGCAGGAGCUGACGUUGUUAGAGGAGAGUUGUGUUGACGAGGAGUACCUGAAAAUUGUUGAAAGGUACAAAGCGAAUCGCAUGAAAGAAAUAAAUAAAAGUAGAGCGCUGGAUGUGUUUGGAGAAGUGUACGAAAUUUCCAAAGACAAUUUUCUCGCCGAAGUUAAUGAAGCCAGUAGGAGGAACCCCCUGGCUGAGCAUGGCGGCCGCUCGCUGGAAAGCACACGGGGCGAUGAGGAGGAUUUAGAACAGGACGAACAAGAAGCUGCACCGGCAGAACGGGCAGACGCCGCAAACGGCACGCACGUCGUCAUCCACCUCUACUCCGACAACGUUGUCGCAUGCAGAGUUAUAAAUAACAUCCUAAGUCAAAUGGCUAAAAAAUACAAGUACGUUAAAUUCACCAAGGGGGUGUAUACUAGAAUAAUUCAAAAUUAUCCCGAGUCCAAACUUCCUACUCUGCUCAUAUAUUACAAUGGUACAUGCAUACACCAAAUCUGUAACCUACUCAGCAGCAUAAAAGGAGGAGUAAAUAAUUUAUCUGUGAAAAAUUUUGAGCAAUUUUUAGCCAAGUAUAAUAUUUUCAGGUCCCCCUCCAGUUGGAUGCACAGUGGUCAGAGUGUUAGUGAUCACACGGCUCAUUCAAGUGAUGCGGACAGUGAGGAUGGAGGUCGAUAUGCUAACAAGGGCAAUCGCGUUAGAACAAAUAAACAGUAUACCUCUUUUAAUAUGUUUCGUACAAAGCACACAAGUGGCGACUACUCCUCUGAUGAUGCGGGGGUGAAGUCCAGGGGUUAUGCGUCCUCCAUGCUGGACCGCAAGGUUAGUCAAAACGAGUUAUAA